AUGAAAGCAAAAGCCAGAUCGUAUUUUUGGUGGCCAAGUAUCGAUCGGGACAUAGAAGAGUUGUCACGUAAGUGUACUCAGUGUUUAACUAAUGCUCAAAAUCCACCAAAGGUACCGGAUUCACCGUGGAUGACCAGUACGAAGCCAUUGGAGCGAGUUCAUGCCGAUUUCUUGGGACCAAUCAGAAACAAAAUGUUUUUAGUUAUCACCGACAGUUACUCGAAAUGGCCAGAAGUAUAUCAUAUGGCAUCAUUGGAAGCGAGGGUUACAAUCGAAAAGUUCCAAAACUAUUUCGCUCGUUUUGGUUUGGCAUCGCUUAUUGUAACCGACAAUGGAAAACAGUUUGUAGCGGCAGAGUUUACGGAUUUUUGCGAUCGAAAUGGAAUUAAAUACAUGACAACGGCGGCAUACGAACCACACUCAAAUGGGGCAGCGGGAAAUGCCGUGAAGUCGUUCAAAUCGGGUAUCAAUAAAGCUUGCGAUGAUCCGAAAAAUGCCAAGACACCGUUAAACACCAUCAUCGACCGCUAUUUAUUUUUCUACCGAAGUUCAACCCAUUCAUCCACGCAAGAGACACCGCACAAAUUACUGUUUGGCCGGGAAAUGUUAACACAUUUUGAUCGUUUGAGACCGGCAAUGUUGGAGAAAGUCAAAGCCAAAAUCGUUCAACGCAUCAAGGACGAUGCAACUAGCCAAAAUCCCGUACAGAAGCAUUUCGACAUAGGGGACGAAGUCAUGAUCAAAUUGUUUCGCAAAAACAAAUCAAUGUGGCGACAGGCAACCAUAACAAAGAGACUUGGGAUCAACAUGUAUCUCUGCGAAAUUCCUGGAGGAAAACAGGUAAAAAAGCAUUGUGAUCAGAUCCAAGGGCUAAAGUUGUCGACAGCACAAUCAUCCGUGGAGAACAAUGUGACUCAACCGACGAUUCAACCGACGAUGCAACAAGGGAUCACGACGAGAUCGGGCAAAACAUAUUCGUGCAGCGUACGGCGAUAA